GGGAACCGAACCCCGGUCCCACGGACCGGGCAGAUCAUUGUGCGAAGUUUAAUCUCUGGCUUCUACUUUCUACGAACAUUACACUACUUACAAAAAUUCACAAGUAAUAAAGACAAUAGUUACGUCCGACCACCCGUGCCUUCGCCAUUUGGCUCAUAGCUGAUGCGCGCACAGUGUGACCAAUGAACGUGUUCAAUGCCUUGUUUAUGACACAGCAAGAGGAAGUGAAACGCUCAGCACUGUUAUACCAUACACCAGGCUCUGAUCGCUGGGCCACGUGUCGCGCAUACCAGCCCACCGACUCCCGCGACGUGCGUUGUUUACUCGCCGGGGGUGUGGAUGGAAGAAGAGGAGGCAUGGCCAAGCGAUGAUGUGGUCAAAAGGAAUGCGGCCCUUUCUUCAAAGUUGGCCUUGGUCGGAGCAUCUCAGCUCCCUGGUAGGGGACCGAAGGACUAUGAACAUGUUUGGCUGGAUACACUUGUUGAGAUAGCUAGGAACUGACCUCAACGGCGUUUGUGCUGUGAGUUUCUUUGUCCCUCCCCUCUAAUCGCGAUCUCAAUUAUUGGGCAUAAUAUGACUUUUGUGGCACAUUAGCCGGUUGUUAGCUCUCCGGAACGAUGUCCAUCCGUUACUGGUGACCCAACCGGCGCGUCGCUGUUGCUUUUUUCUUUUCUUUUGUAUUUCAGCAUAAUAGCUGAUGUGUUUUCCGUCUGCAGUUAAAGGGUACCAUGAAAGAAUGAAGGACUAUGACGAGCGCGUAUUGCACUGCACUGAACACCCGUUGUUUCCAAGCGACACCGCGCUCAAGCUCAAUGCACACACUAUAUCACUCGGUGCCUUGCCAACACUAGCCGAGGUUUCUUCACAGAUUCCACACGGCGAUCCAGAAUUGAAAUCAGUCAAACAUCAUCUCAGUGACAAUGACAACGCAGAUAGGACGCAGUCACUAAAAAAACCGUUCCUCACUCCGGAGGGUAAGAUUUGGCCCGCCAAGGUACAGACUUCUUCUACCGCGUACUUCUGCUCUAAGUUCACUAAGGAACGACUAGAAUCAAUCCUACGGGAUCGCUAUCUGAAACUUGAAUAUGGGAAAUCUAUCGAUAUCUGGAUCCUAACUCGCAUCGAUCAUUGGGAUCACGAUCAAGAAUGCACGAUUUGCUUGACGGACACAGCGCUUAUCUUCAUGACAUUUAAUUUCAUCACUGAGCAGAUCACAUGGCAGCGUACCGUUCCUCUGAACUCUAUUCAUACACUCCGUUUGGGUAAUCUAGUCUCUCCGCCUUGGUCCUUUUUGCCGUAA